AUGAAGAAUGUGUACGCGACACAGGCAGAGCAUGCUGACCGACUAUUGCGUCUCGAGCAACGUUCGGACAGCGAUCCUCGUCUGAAGUCCGUGUGGGGUGGUCAAUCGCCUUAUCCUAGCGUCUUGAAUGGGACUCCUCAGCAAGAUCACGGUUACAAUCCUGCUGCGGAAGCGUUCAAAAAUUUUGAUCAAGACCAGCCUAGUAGUAUGCUCGGAAGCUUACAUUUAGACACGGAGGACGAACCGAGGAGGGGCGCUGCUUCUAGAGCGAACAGUGUGCGCUUCGAUGAGAGCGCUCUUCACGGUCAUUUCGGUCAAGGCUCUCGGUGUUCCUCGGACUUCCUCCCUAUGCGAACCGGUAGUGCGUUUGGCAGUCAUCCGAUGACCGAACGCUCUUCGUCACACAAGUCUGACGGCAGGCAAAGCUCUACACAUUCAGCUCGAGCAAGCAGUUUUGGUUUUGAGACCCGUCCAUUGUCCGCCACUGUGGCUCCCUUCGUUCCUUUGGCCCCACCUCCUGGUCUCUUCCUUUUGGGACAUGUCCCUUCAAUAAUUCGCUGCUGGCUGGAUACAAACUUCUCCAACGAGUCUUUGCUUUACGCUUCCGUUUGCACGGGCUCCUACAAGUCUAUUCUGGACGUCGAUUUGAUAAACCGUCUAGGAUACCAAGAUCAAAUCACAGUUGACCGUGAAGGACAAAAAAUGAUCAAGCUUCCAGUGUACCUUCCUGAAGCUACCAUACAGCAGUCGUCAUCACGCUCGAGUAGUCCUGCGCCAUCGCUACCUACUCUUACGACCUCAUUCGUGGUUCAAGACUUACAGUGUAAGACAGAAGCGAUUCAGAUCUUCCUCGGCAGCGACUUGCUUCGUACUCGCAACGGUGACGUUCACUUUUCUCUUGACCGUUUAACGUUAUUUGACGAUGACCGCAAUAAGCUUUCUGUGCCUUUGGUCCGGCCAGAGAACGCAACUUUGUUCCAGAGUCUUCAGACAACCAUCGCAUCAGACACUUCGUUGAGGUCCCCUUCUGCAAACGUCUCUGGCCCGGCGAGCGAGAUCUUUCAAGCCAAUGGCGAGGCGAAAGAGGCGCAUGUAGAGCUGUCAACUGGAAAACCUGAUGACCAACCGAAGGAGACGAAGACACAAACCUCGACUAACGCUAUGCCUCCACCUGCGGCUCCGUCGCCCUCAGUGAUAGGAGAAGGCAGGAAAACGAUAGCAGAUCGUGGCAAUAGCGAGUCAACAUCUUCGGUUUUGGUAAACAAUGACCUCAAGGACUCGGAGAGCAUGACCAAUGGCACCACGCCUGAUACUCCGACAAAAUCCGAAAGUAGCAAUAUAUGGGGCUCCUGGCGACGAGACUCUACCCAAGGUACCCGAGUAGACCCGUUAGCCGCCGGCUCAUCAUCGAAUACUGGCUAUCAGCGAGCGGGGCGGGCUAGGGGCAUGAAGGUACUCAGACCAGCAAGACUGAACACGUCUCGUGCGACUUCUGUACAACAGCAGCCGCUAGGAUUUGACGCCGCACCCUCACGUUUUGGUGACUCUGGUAAGCCCGAAAACAACGAGAAUCAAAGUCCUGCCACGGAUCAGAGGUCGUUCUCAGGAGAUGCCAAAGCCCCCUUUCAGUCUCUGACAAACAAGCCCAGGUCGUCGAAUCCAGUUGGCGGAGCUUCUGCGUUCGGCUGGCUGAAUCCGAGCCAGCAGAAACAGGGGCCUUCCGAGUGA